AUUUCUUGUACUCUAGGACUAUGUUUGAGGGUAAAGUUAGAACGUUCACUGCCUUACAAGUUCAAGGUAUGAAAUGCAGUUCAGUUUAGUUUGUAUCCAAUCCUAUCCUUGGUAUUUCUGUAUGUAUUUUUCUUUUAAGAAAGUAUAAUUUGUAACAAUAGUCCAUUUCCAAGUUCCAAAACCUCUCACUUUCCAAACAAGGCUUAGUGCAAAACCUUUCUUGUGAAAAUGAGUUUUAUUUUCUUGAGAAUGAAAGAUCAUUUUCAUAUCAAUAUCAUUGCACUAAGCCUCACUUUGAAACAGAGGCUUGGGGCAACUUAGAAAUGGUUGAUUGCAAAGUUAAUUGUCAUGUUAAUUCAGUAAUGAGAAGCAGCAUUAAUUUCAGACAUGUAGGAUAAAUACUGACUGACCUCUUAAACAAGCACCAAAGGCGCAAGCUCAUACAUGUAGGGGGGUCCUGAGGCAGUAACCCCAUGAAAUUUUACUGAAUGUUAACUCCCUAAAGUCAUCUUUCCUUCGUUUCUGAGUCAUUCAGACGGGAUAUUGGCGAGAUUUUAAUUGGAGAGUUUUUUCAUCAAAAGUAUAUUUAUUUAUGAAAAAUCUGACCGAUUUCGUAAAACGGUGGAAACUGGCGUGGAUCUGCACCUGAAUUUUGCUUCUGCAACUUUAGAGCUAUAAAGAAGGCAUACCCCUCUUAAUUGUAUGCUUUGUACCUUGCAUAUUUAUUCACAUUAGAAAUUCACUUCAAGAAUGUGCUUUAAAAUGGAAGGGUGUGAGAAACUGCAUACCAUAAAUGAUUGAAUAACCACUCUCCUUGAAGUAAGCACCCUCCUCCAAAUUAUCACCCCUUGAGACUUAAAAUAUCAAGUUUGUGCCUUUCUGAAAAUAAGCACCCCGGCCUUUCCCCAUGAGAGAAAAAUAUCACAAUGUGACUUAUGUACAGAAUUUAUAGAGGAAGAAUACCAUUUAAAUUUGGAAACUAAGAGGACUUGAGAGGAAACAGGGUUUUGGAAACUACCACGCAGAGAUUUGUGUUUGUUCUUACAGAUAUUACAUUUUUCUCUACUGGAAAAAAAGACAAAGUUAUUUUGAGUCUGAAUUUUGAAAAGAUUAAUAAGUGUCCCCCUCAUGCUAAUUUUUAGUCAUUUUUGGUAACUACAUUGGAUACCAGUUACUUGCCACAUUUUGUUUGUUUCACCAGCUCAUAUUUAUACACAGUACCUCAGAUACAAAUUGUUCUCCAGAGUCUCUGUCAACUGGGAAAAUUGUUGUCUAGUUGUCAAGGAAACACUGGCUAGGACAAUAAGCACCAGGGAGGAUAAUAAAUCUUUCACAUUUUUCUUAAACUUCAUUGGAUGAAACAAACAUAAUAAAUGUUUGUUUCAUCCAAUGAAGCAAAUGUGGGUAAGAAAGGUGCAAACCUCAUGGCUACCAUUCUUUCCCUGGUCACUCAAAGUGCACCAAAAUGUGACUUUUAGUGCCCCAAAAUUACCAUUUCAUCCAUCGAGGCCCACAGACUCAUGCAAUGGAAGGGGGCAUACCUUUAGUGUCUCCUUACAUGCAAGUGCCUUUGUUGCUGUCUACCGAAAUUUUUCCUCCUUGUUUAAAUUUUCAGGGAAACCCUGGAUACUUUGUUGAGUUAGAAUAUUGGAUUACUAAUAAAUUAGAACAAAUUAAUAUGAGAGCUACAGAGAAAUGAUAAGCUACAUUCCUUCCAUGGUAGGAUAUUAACUGCCUGCUUUUUGUUUGUUUUUCCAGCUUGAUAUUUUUCUUUCCAAGGGAACUCACUCUACAGAGGAUGAAAGUAGGUUACAAUGGCUUACUCAUAACCAAUAAGGGUGCUUACCAGAAGUCAGAACUGGCCAGCUUUAGUUCUGUGGGCUGAAUAGGCCCUUUCGUAGUUCCAAAAAGUUUCACUUUCAAAACGAGGCUAAGUGCAAAACCUUUCUUGUGAAAAUGAGUUUUAUUUGCAUGAGAAUAAAAAAUCAUUUUCAGAUCAAUAGCUUCGCAUUUAGCUUUGCAUUAAAACAGAGGUUUGUCUUGUGCAACCUCGAAACCACUCUGGGGGGAAAGAUACCAGAAACCCAACCCACGUUCUCAUUCAGUGAAAUUAACUUUGUUAGUAAUGAUGUCACAAGAAUAAGAAUGUACUGUAUCCACAUGUAUAUUGUUCCUUUCUUUGACUCAUAAUAUUCCUGAUUCCUGUUGUUUUCUUUUUUCAGUUAACAAGCAAAUUAACGAUAAAGAAAGAAUAGCAGCUGCAAUGGAAAAUCCCAAUCUUAAAAAGAUUGUCGAAGAGUGUAUUUCAGAUGAAUAG